CCGCAGUCUCAGCAGCAGCAGCAGCCCUUUUACGUCUUCGGGCGUUCAUCUGCUCAACAACAACAACAGCAGCAACAACAUCAACAUCAGCAACAACUGCAACAGCAGCAACAUCCACAGCAAUUUCAACAGCAGCAGCAACAGCAACAACCUCAACAACAGGGGAUUAUUUUUCAACCACCGAAUUUACUUAACAGCACACAGAUCAAGACCACUAUAC